AUGCAGAAAUCGUUAACAGUCGGUAUUGCUGGUGGUGGUAUAUCUGGUCUUGCAUCUGCGUACUAUCUCGCUCAAAAGGCAGCAGCUUCGAAACUUCCACAUUUGAAAAUCUUACUAUUCGAACGGUCGUCACGUUUCGGUGGUUGGAUACGAACAGAUCAACUCGGUCCGAAAUACGAUGCUCAUAUAUUCGAACUUGGCGCUCGAACAUUGCGACUACAAAGUGGAAAUACUUCUCUAAGUAAACAUUCCGCGAUUAAUACGUUACAAUUACUUGAGCAAUUGAAAAUCUUCGAUGAUCAGUUUUGUCCAAUCGAAAAAUCUGCCCCAGCGAAUAAAAAUAAAUUAAUUUAUUACAAGCAAAAUCUAGUCAAUCUCAAUGACUUAUCGUUAAUAUUCGGAGGAAAACCACUGCGUUAUCCCCCGUUUGUCUACGCUCUUUAUGAGUAUUUUUCUAAGCAAGGUCGAGUUAAAGUCCAAGAUGAAUCGAUUAGAUCCUUCAUUUAUCGUCGAUUCGGCGAUAUUCUUGGUGAAGAGAUUGUCGAAUAUUUACUCGAUCCACUCCUGAAAGGUAUCUACGCUGGCGAUGUGUCCAAGUUAAGUGCAAAAAGCGUUUUGAAGAAAAUUUUCGAGUUUGAACAGACUCAUGGCUCAGUCAUAAACGGCAUUAUGAAAUCCAGACAGGAUAGAAAAACGGAAGAUCCAGUGAAUCUUCUAUUUAACGACUUAAAUCUAAAUGAUUAUUCGCAUAUUCUGAGUAAACAUGCGAUUUACUAUUUAAAAGAUGGAAUGGAAAAGUUAACAAGGACAUUAGUCGACCAUUUGCAAUCAUUGCCCAAUGUCGAAUUGAAGCCGAAGCAACUUUUACAAAGAAUUGACUUCUCAGAUGAUCAUGUCUCAAUUUGCACGCGAUCGAACGAGAAAUUCGUUGUAGAUCAUUUGAUCAGCGCAUUACCCGCAUAUGAAUUAGCAAACCUUCUCGAUGAUACUCAACACAAGAUCUUGCGAUCACGGUUAAAUCAAAUCGCAUUUGUGAAUAUGGUGGUGAUCAAUCUACUCUAUGGAAAAGAAGAUAUUUAUCCAAAGGAAGCAUUUGGAUAUUUGAUUCCCACACGCGAACAUUCACAUUUAUUAGGAGUUUUAUUCGACACAUGUGUACGACAUACGAUCGAUAAACAAAAGCAUGGGUCACAGUUAACAGUCAUGAUGGGUGGAGCGUGGUUUGAUGAACUAAGACUAGGAGAACUUACUGAAGAUCAAAUCAUGAAUAUUGUCAUGAAAGAAUUGAAAAAGCAAAUGAAUCUAGACGAGAAACCAGCUGUUUACUCCGUCGCACGAUUGAACAAAUCAAUACCAAAUUAUAACGUUGGCCAUCAGGAUGUUCUCGAUGAUAUUUACGCUCUAAUUCGACGAGAUCAACUACCUUUGACUCUGGUGGGAAACUCUUAUCGUGAUAAAAUGUACGUUUCACUUAUAGUUUCGACUAUAGUUUUGGUUUUUAUAACCGGUGGUUUAACCACCGAUUGUCCAAGUUCACCAUCAAAAUGGUGUGAAAGCAAAGAAGUUGCACGAGCUUGCAAUGUAACUGAACAAUGUCAAACAUAUGUUUGGAAAACACGAGCUAGUGGUGAACGUGUCAAUCUAUCGAUCUACUACGAAACACUAUGUCCUGACUGUCGACAAUUUAUAUCAACACAAGUAUGGAAUGCUUAUCAAUCAAUUCUCGACAUUGUGAAUAUUACCUUUGUUCCAUAUGGUAACACUCGGGAAUUAUAUCGACCGGAAACCAAACUGUAUCAAUACUAUUGUCAACAUGGUGCUGAGGAGUGUUAUGGAAAUCUCAUUCAUGCUUGUGUGAUCAAUUUCUAUCCACAAACUGAGCAACACAUGCCAUUCAUCUAUUGUACAGAAACUACUGACGGUGAAAUGGAAUCGGUAGCUACAGAAUGCGCACAAAAGACAACGAUUGAUUAUGAUCAAAUCACCGCUUGCACACAUAGUCGAUUGGGCAAUCAAUUACAGCAUGCUUAUGCCGUUCAAACGGAGAGUCUUCAACCAGCUCAUCAAUACGUGCCAUGGGUAACACUCAAUGGUGAACACACAGAAGAUAUGCAAAAACAAGCUGAAAAAGAUCUGAUUGGGCUUGUUUGUAAAUCAUACAAGGGAUCUGAUCCACCUUCUCAAUGCGUGAAAAAUUUAUAA